AUGAACACAACCGACCGUUAUCCCGCGACCGCUUCGCAGUUCAUGCUGCGAGAGAUCAAACGGCAGCAGGAGCUGGUCAAUCGAGGGUACCAACUGCUGAAGAGGAAGGCCGAAGCUCUAAGGAUUAAAGGUCGACAGACGGCGUCCGACUUAUCGGUGACGCAAGCACUUUUGGGUCAUACGCUGAGAGAGGCCUACAUAUCGUUGGCGGCUGUCAAGUUCACUAACGGAGAAUCCAAUGCGUUGGUGCUCGAAAAUAUUGAGGAGGCACAAAUCCGCGUCAAACGCAUACCAGAAAACAUCUCCGGCGUGUCCACCGUGACGCUCCACGCUAUAGAAGAAUUUGGCGCCAGCGACGCGCUGCGCUACGCUGGUCUCGGCGCCGGAGGGCAUCGCACGGGCGAGGCAAAGAGGGCGUUUCGCGAGGCCGUGCAUAUUCUGAUCAAGUUCGCGUCGCUGAGGAACACGUGUAUACUGUUGGAUAAUGCUAUUAGGUCUACGCUGAGAAAAGUAAACGGCAUAGAAAAGGUCAUUAUGCCUAAGCUUUCGAAUACAAUGAAAUAUAUUCAAGUAGAACUAGCGGAACGGGAAAGAGAAGAGAUGCACAGACUGAAGAUGGUGAAAGCCAAGAAGAUUCGAGCCAAAGCUCUAGCUAAGAUGCGUCUCGAAGACUCCCAAAAUGGAUACAACGCUGCUGGCGGCGAAGGUGCUGAGAUUGAUGUCCGUUCUGCUUCUCGUAUCCGAUCCAUCGAGUGCCUCACGAGUAUCGUCUGUGCGUGCAAGUCGCUACCGUCCACGGAUUCCAUCGAAGAUUUCUCUAAACCAAUCUGCCAGCCCGCUGGUUGGGACGAUGAAGAUCUUCUCUUUUGACUGACACUUUCUGAUGUUCCUCUCAGAAUAGGUUCUUUUGAGAGUCGAGUGCCCCACGUAUCAUGAGCUUCAUUUGUACUUUGGAACUUUUCCAAAUUGUUCCAGAUUCUACCGAAAACUUUUCUCUCAUUCAGCUAGCCCGCUGGCAAGGUUGAGACGAUAAAGAUUUCCUCUUUUAACUUUUUAACAUCGGAUACCAAACUAAUUAAGCCAUUGGCAAAGAUUCGUAAAAAUAAGUAUGAUGGAUUAAUUGGAAAAAUCAAAGAAGUACUAAUUUUAUUACAAUUGUCCUUUUGCUAUG